AUGAGCGCAAAGCCUCAACAAGCGACCACUCCCAUCAUCAUCACUGCUGAAGAAGCAAAAGAAACACGUGAGCUUUUCCGUACGACUGAAUUGUUGUCGACUUGUCAGUCCAUGAAGAUGCAGCUUGAAAGUAGAUUGGGUUCCGAUGCUUCAGAAUUCUUUUACUUUGCUUGUAUGGAGGCUUUGCCAGAAAUUCGGGAACAAGAACCCACUUUUGAAAGUAAUCUGCAAAAACAAACGAGUAAUAGCAGGACGAAAGCUUCUUGCUUAUCAAAAUUGGAGAUUAUUGAAAGAACAAGAGAACAAAAUUGGAACCCACUAAAUUCAGAUCUUGUAUCGACUUGGACCUACAAUCCUCGCUUUUUGUUUGACGAAAAUUGGACCCAGAAAACCUUUGCCGAAAUGAGUGACUGUUUUGCAAUGGAUAGUAGUCUUGUUCAAAGAGUUCAAAUGAAACACAGAUUAUUAGGCUCACUCGCAGAGGGAGGAAUUCAACGAUUGAUGCCAUCCUUUGCCAGUAAAUUGAGAGAAUUGAAGGCUGCUAAUGGAGGACAAGUUAAGGACAUUUCUUCCCAAUCAGAGGCCACUCGCCUUUUUGAAAAUUAUACCCGAGAAUCAAGAGACCAAUUUGUUGAUUGUCUUAAAGCACAAACCAAUACCAUUCAAGCCAAAGAUGAUGAAUACAAAGUUGCGCUUGCCACCGAUAGAUGUAGUGCAAUCAGUUUUGAAAACUUCUUUAAAGGUAUGAUACUUUCAUGCAACAAGUCAAUUGUAGAUUGCGUCGAGAAAAAUAGUAGAAAGGGAAGAACAUUGGAAAAUGACAAUGUUUUCGGAGUGUUGGCUUGUGUCACAGAUCUACAACAAGUUGCGAAUAACGGAUGUGCCAAAUAUGCCAUUGACUAUAUCGAUCAACUCUCGCGAGACGCUUUGAACAUUUCAUCCACAAAGAAGGAUUAA